UCGGGAAGAUAGCUCAAGCCCUCGGGGAAACACAAAAGCCCCGAAGGUUCACCAUCAUAUAUACUUAGGAACUGCGCAUUCGGUAUUCUUUCAGAUGCCUUACCGCUUAUAUGUCGUCUACAAGCUAAUUCGGAUACGUCGAGCGAUAUACCUAACACAGAUUCAGCAGUCUGAAACACAUACAUCAUGUCCAGAAGCAGAAGAAUGGUUAGCGUUAUUGUUUUGAGUUACUGAUCACCGCACCGAUCAAAACUGAGAGCUCUCAAGCAUGGCUUCCAGAGAAACCAAACGACAAAAAACCCUAUCUCUUCCCCUUCACCUUCCUUCUGUCUCUCGCCAUUGGAGAUAUGACGUCUUCCCGAGCUUCCGUGGUGAAGAUGUCCGCAGCAGAUUCCUCUCCCACGUUCGCAAAGAGUUCCACCGCAAAGGGAUCAUUACGUUCGACGAUAACGGGAUGGAGAGAAGCGAGUCGAUCUCCCAUGAGCUCGCACGAGCCAUCCAAGAAUCUCGGACGGCGAUCGUCGUUCUCUCCAAGAACUACGCUUCUUCGAGCUGGUGCUUGAACGAGCUGCUCCAUAUCACGAGCUGUAAGGAUUCCGCCGGUCUGAAAGUGAUCCCCGUUUUCUACGAAGUCGAUCCAUCUGAUGUUCGGAACCAGACUGGAGAUUUCGGAAGGGCUUUCGAGGGAACUUGUGCGGGAAAAUCGGAGGAGGAGAAGCGAAGAUGGAGCCGAGCUCUAACCCAUGUGGCCGGUCUUGCCGGGGAGCAUUCAAACAAUUGGGACAGUGAAGCAGACAUGAUCGAGAGAAUCGCCAUUGUCGUCUCGGAAGUGCUGAAUCUCACACCGUCGAGAGAUUUCGAUGACUUUGUCGGAAUGGGAUCUCAUAUGGAAAAUCUGCUGAAGCUGUUAUGGCCGGAAUCCGAUGAAGUGAGGUUUGUAGGGAUAUGGGGCCCUGCAGGCAUUGGUAAGACCGCCAUUGCCAGAGCUUUGUUCCAAAGACUCUCUAGCCGCUUCAGUCUUAGUUCUUUCUUGGAAAAUGUUAGGGGAAUUUACGAGAGAUCUAACCAAUAUUCCUCGCAGUUACGAUUACAGCAAAGGCUUUUGUCUGAAAUCUUUGACCUCAAGGAUGUAAACAUAGGCCAUUUAGGAAUGGCACGGGAAAGGCUGAAGCAUCACAAUGUUCUGCUCGUUCUUGACGACGUGGACGAACUGGAGCAACUAGAAGCCUUGGCGAGCAACACCAGCUGGUUUGGUCCGGGAAGCAGGAUUAUCGUGACUACUCAAAACAUAAAACUUCUUAAAGCCCAUAAGAUCAACCACGUAUACAAAAUGCCAUUUCCGACUAGCUGUGAAGCUCUUGAGAUCUUUUCUCGGUAUUGUUUCGGAAAAAGAUCUCCGCCUGAUGACUUUCACGGCUUAGCGGUCGAAGUCACAGAACUUUCUGGCAAUCUUCCUCUAGCUCUUACCGUCCUCGGUUCAUGUCUACGAGGAGAGAGUAAGGCAGAGUGGGAUCUUGCUUUGCCGAGGCUCAGAACUACUCUCGACAGUAAAAUUGAGAAAACACUAAAAGUCGGGUUUGAUAGCUUGUCUCAUAAAGAUAGAUCCGUAUUUCUUCACAUUGCUUGCCUAUUCAACAACGAAGAGGUUGGUGUUCUAUCUCAACUGUUUGCCAAAAGCGAGUUGAACGUCGAAUUUGGCCUUAAAGUCCUAGUCGAGAGGUCUCUCAUACGUAUAGAUACUCAAGGAGUUAUAAGGAUGCACUCUUUGCUUGAACAAUUGGGUAAAGAAAUCGUCCGGGGACAAUCAGAAGAUCCCGGAAAACGUCAGUUUCUGUGGGAAGCUGAGGAUAUUUCUGAAGUGCUUUCAGAAAACACGGGUACAAAAGCUGUUUUCGGCAUAUCUCUAAACUUGGCUGAAUUAGCCGAUGAGGUUUGUAUAAGUGACAGCACAUUCGAAAGGAUGCGGAAUCUCAAGCUUGUAAGGUUCUUUAAGGCGUGGAGCCAUAAUUACAAAGUGAAUCUGCUGAAUGUAUCAGAGGAAGGGCUGAGCUAUCUACCGAGCAAGCUUUCGUUAUUACAGUGGGAAUGUUACCCUAUGAAGGCAAUGCCUUGCAGGUUUCGUCCUCAGUGUCUCGUCAGACUCGAGAUGCGACGCAGUAGGCUUGAGAAGCUGUGGGAUGGAAUACAGCCGCUUGGGAGGCUCAAGUAUAUGAAUUUGAAUGGGUGUAAGAGCCUGAAACAAAUUCCAGACCUGUCGGAUUCCACCAGUCUCGAAAAAUUGGAACUUUUGGAUUGCAAAAGUCUGGUCACACUUCCCUCCUCUCUCCGGCAACUCAAUAAUCUUGAGGAGUUGUUAUUGUGGGGAUGCUCGAAUCUUGAAGCUCUUCCUUCCGACAACAUCGACUUGGAUUCUCUCAGUCUCCUCGAUCUUGGUUACUGCUCAAAGUUGAAAACUUUUCCCCAGAUUUCAAGGAACAUCGAGAAACUUAACAUGACUUGUACUGCUGUAGGAGAAGUGCCUUCGUCAAUCCAGCAAUGGUCUCGGCUUACCGAAGUUGUCAUGAACAGCUGCAGAAACCUCAAGACAUUCCCACGUUUUCCAGCCAGUUUGAAGAAUCUUUGUCUGAGCAACACCGAGAUAGAAGAAGUUCCUCCGUGGAUCGAGGAUGUCUCUUCCCUCGAACUUCUAUGGAUGAUUUCCUGUAGGAAGCUGAAGAUCGUCUCGUCGAACGUUUUUAAUCUGGACCACCUACGGGAGCUGGAACUCAGCGGAUGCAAGAGCUUUGCAGACUUUCCUGCAGAAAUGUGUUUGUUGUCUGAAAGGCGUUCAACUUCUGUGAGAGAGUUACGUUUCUCGGGUUGUGCUUUCGAGAGCAUCCCGGACUUCAUCAAACAUCUCUCUGAGCUACAGACUCUUCGGCUCGACGAUUGUAAAAAUCUCAUAUCACUGCCAGAGCUUCCAGCUACUCUGCAUACACUCCACGCAUCUAAUUGUAAGUCACUUGAGAGAAUAUCCGGCUCCUUCUCGACUCAAGGUAAAGUUCUCAACUUCAUCAAUUGCUUCAAACUUAACCAAGAGGCAAGAGAGAUCAUCCAAGAAGCAGAUUUUGAGUUUGUGGAACUCUCUGGCGGUGAAAUACCGAAAGAUCCUCCUCUUCAAGCUACCGGAAAUUCACUAACCAUCGUUCUUGAUCGAAUGCGUAAUCUUGAAUCCCUCAGAUUCAAGGCCUGUGUUGUGAUUGCUGCGGGAACUAUCCUCAAACAUCAGCUUUCACUCAAUGUCAGAAUAUCUUGUCGCUCGAGGGACAAAUACGGUGGGUGUAAGCAGUAUAGUUUGGUCAGAAAAGGACCAAGUUCCACGUUCUAUAAUGUCGGAGAAUGCACUCUAGAUGCAGAACAUGUCAUUAUAGCUUCGGAUGUCCAUGCAGUCAUUGGCAGUGAUGUCCAAGUGGAUGAAACAGCCCACAAUGAAUUGGUGUUUGAGUUCAGCUUAAAUGAUUGCCGGAUAAGAAGAUGCGGUCUCGAAUUUCUGCAAGUUCGCUGACAGUGAUCUCCAUGAAAA